UGGAGGAGUUGUCUGACUUGUUAGUCCUGUCUACUCCCUCGCUAAAGACUGAAGCUCAGCACAUACUGUACACACCAGCAGCAGCAGGACGGUUUGAGUUAUCACAGAGGGCAGAAUGGACAGGGAGAACAGGCUGAACGGAGAGGGCAUGGCUCUGAAUAAAGUGGGCGAUAUAGAGGCAAUGACGGACCCUUCUGGAAAAGUGUAUCGCCGCAUCAACAUAAAUCAUUACGCCACUAAGAAGACUGCUGCUCAGAGUAUGCUAGACGUUGCCUUACUGAUGGCCAACUCAUCCCAACUGAAGACCGUUCUCUACGUGGGGCCGCAUUACCGUUUCUACAUCCCCCUCAUCGUCCUGCUGUCUCUGUCCAUCACGUUACAGGUCGUAGUGGGGCUGCUGCUCGUCUUUCUUGUAAAGUAUGAUCUGAACGACGUGAGGAAACACGCCAAGUUGAACAGAAUGAACAAUGUAGCAACAGUCUUUGUCUUCUUCACCGUCCUCAUCAACAUCUUCAUCACAGCGCUUGGAUUUGAAGGACAUUCUAUCAGGUCACUAGCGUCCCCUGUGAUUCCUGAGCCUCAGUUUGCACCUCUGCCCACCAACCUGAACAUGACUGGUGGCCUUUAGAGCAGUCUCUGGACCAAAAUAAGACACUGAGUUGUUCACCUGUUAUCUCAAAGCAUUUAAAUUUAAAGGGUUGUGGUCGGACAGCUGCCUUUUUGUAAUGUCUAUAUCAGCUGGAACUAUGAGUCAUGGGCAAAGAUUCACCAGUAACAAACCUUUGAUUACUGAAAGACUUUAAUGGAUCUGCCAUCACAUUAGUGCUGUGAAGGGUGCCCGGUUAGCUCAGUCGGUAGAGCUGGCGACCCAGGUAUGGAGUUGCUGCAGCGGCCCAGGGUUUGAAACCGAGCUACGGCCCUUUGCUGCGUGUCAUCCCCUCUCUCUACCCACCUUUCCUGUCUAUCUUCAGCUGUCUCUAUCAAAUAAAGGCAAUAAAAGACCAAAAGCAUAAUUUAACAAAAAAAAAAAAACUCUAGUGCUGUGAAGCUUUUGUGGAUCCGGGCUGAGAUCCAUCACCCAGUUAACCCCCAACCUCAGUGACCAUUGACCACAACCUUCACUUAGGAUCACAGCUGAUAGAUUAACAACGAGAAACUUCAGUUUGAAUACAUGACCACUGCCAUAUCCUCCUUCAGGUACAGGUGACUCCACUGCAGUGGGCUGACCCCUGCAGUGUUGAGCCAAUCAGUCACUAAAUGCACAGAAUUUUCUUUUUUUGCUAAACUAUUUAAAGCUUCUAUCUUGUAAAUAUAAUAGCACUUUUUAUUGUUUCUGUUCAAAUGUUAGAUUGGUGGAAUUGUGCUCAUUUUGUAACUAAAUAAAUGAAUAAAUUACUUAUAUCAGUGGAGAA